UAUUUAUAUACCCAUAACCUAACAAAAGUAUCAACAAGAACAAAAGGCUAAGAAUUUCUGUUUAGAGGAUUAGUAGUAGUAAAUAUAAUUACUUAAUUUAAGGUUUAUGAAUAUAACAUGACAUCCAAUAUUAAAUUAAAAGAAGCAUAUGGGGUAGAAUCGAAACAUGGUGCUUUUUACACAGGGGGCAACAUAGAAUGGCAUGAAGAUAAACUAUUUUGCCAAACCAAUUCCAGUAUCUCGUUAUUGAAUGUAGAAAAUGGUCUCGUGGAAACAACUAUUGGAGAAGCAAAUUCUGAAGAUGCAGAUUUCGUUCAGACGUUUACUUCUGAUGGACAAAGGGUAGUAUCGUCACAUAAAAGCGGGCUAUUAAAAUUAUGGAAUAAAGAAGGCGAAGUAGAGAAAAUGUGGAAAUACAUUCAUAAGGGCCCUGUUGCCAGUUUGGCAUUAAAGGAAAGCAAACUCGCAAGUGGAGGAUCGGAUGGUAUUGUCAGGAUAUGGGACCUUCAAUACCAAGCGUGUAUUCUUAGCCUUAAGGGUUGCCAAGGAGUUAUAAAUAUAACAAAAUACCACCCUGUUGAAAAUAAAAUAUUCGCUUCAGGGGAUGAUGGCAAAAUCAAUUGCUUUGAACUAGAAAAAGGUGAAGUAAGCAUCAUUUACAAUGCCCAUUACAGCAAAGUAACCUCAGUUGUCUUUGGUCACGAUAAUAAGCAUUUUGUGAGCUGUGGCCGUGACAAGGUCAUUAUUUUGUGGGAGUUUGAGAACACCACUGCAUUACGCACCAUACCAACUUACGAAGCUGUGGAGGCCAUUGUUAAUUUGCCGAUUAAGUUCAAGUUACCUGGAUUUAAAUCGGAACCUGAAAGUAUAUAUGUAGCGGCAGGAGGAGAGAAAGGGGUAAUAAAAGUGUGGGAUGUGAAAAAAGCGAAAGAAGUUUUUGUGCAAACCAACUCGUUAGUCUCACCCGCAACAGAAGAAGGCGGGUUAGCUAUUUCAAACUUAUUAUUUAAUGACAAAUCAAAGGCUCUAGCUGUAGUUACUGUAGAGCAUAACAUAAUUAUUCAUCAUUUAAAAUCGUUUGUUUGUUUAAAACAAUUCAUUGGUUUUUCGGAUGAAAUAUUAGAUGUCACGUUCGUAGGCAAAAAUGAUGAAUAUUUAGCGGUAGCUACAAACUCGAGUGAUAUUAAGUUAUAUAAGAAUGAUACGAUGAAUUGCCAGUUGCUGAAAGGUCAUACUGAUCUUGUUCUUUCUUUAUGUACAAGCAAAACAAACCCUGAUCUUUUACUUUCGUCAGGAAAAGAUAAUACAAUCCGUCUAUGGCUCUUGAAAGAUGGAACGAUGAGUUGCGUUGGGACUGGAUUGCGCCACACAGGUUCAGUAGGGUGCGUAGCUUUCAGUCAAAUGGGUGCAAAGUUUGCUCUGUCUGCAAGCCAAGACACUUGCUUGAAACUAUGGGAAAUUCCAUCGAAAUUCACAGACACCAACUUAAAUUGUACACAUACUGUGAUCGCUCAUCAGAAAGAAGUGAAUAGUGUUGCUGUAUCACCCAAUGAUAGAAUUAUAGCGACGGCCUCUCAAGACAAAACUGCAAAGCUUUGGACAGAUUCACUGACUCUAGUUGGUAUAUUGAGAGGUCACAGGAGAGGUGUUUGGUCAAUUCGGUUUUCUCCCGUGGAUCAGGUAGUAGUGACGUCUUCUGCAGAUUGUACCAUAAAGUUGUGGUCAGUUGCUGAUUUAAAUUGCCUCAAAACGUUAGAAGGUCAUGAAUCUAGUGUGUUAAAAGUAGAAUUUGUCUCUUCGGGAAUGCAGCUGUUAAGUGCGGGAUCGGACGGACUUUUAAAGUUAUUUUCAAUAAAAACCUCAGAGUGUGUUUGCACGCUAGAUGAACAUGAGGCUAGAAUCUGGGCUUUAGCGCUGAAUAAGGAUGAAUCGAGACUCGUAACGGGCGGUACAGGCUCAGUUUUGAUUAAAUGGAAGGAUGUUACGGAGGAACUUAAACAGCAACGGCAGAAAGAAGCAGAGGAAUUGGCAUUACAAGAACAAACACUAUAUAACUACAUUCAGGGUGACGAACUGUUAAAAGCUUUGAAGCUAGCCUUGAGAUUAAAUAGACCGGCGACAGUUCUGAGGAUUACACAGGAUAUAAUAAAGAAGGGUGAUAGCGGUUUAGCUGACACAAUAAAGGAGUUGCGUAAUGACCAAAAAGAAAGUUUAUUAAAGUGCGCUACGAACUGGAAUAUGAACAGUAAAAAUUGUCAACCUGCUCAGAUAGUACUGAAUGUUUUGUUAAAUGAAUUGCAGACUGGUGAAUUUAGACCCGUGGGGUUGAGUUCUACGAUAGAAAGCACUUUACCAUACACAGAGAGACAUUUUAAAAGAUUAACUCAGUUGUUGCAGGAUUUGCAGUUUAUUAAUUAUACCGUUAAUUGUAUGCAACCCCAUGCGAAAUCUGUGAACUGAAUCUUAUUGAAAUAUAUUAUAACUCAUUACAUAAUUGUUACAAGAAUUAAUAAAAACGUUUUCAAUACAUUUAUUUUUCGUCGUAUAAUUAGGGUUGCCAGCAAUGUCAAGUUUCAACUAAAAUUAUUCCGGUU